AUGCAAACUGAAAAGAUUUUUGAUUUAGCAACAAAAAAAGGUGUUUCGGCUCUUAUAAUCACUCUUUUUGAACAAAUGAAACGUGAAGUAUUGGAUAUUGCUAACGUUUCGGGUCCGGUAAAUGAUACUUGCAAUAGCAAGGUGGACGACUAUUUUUACUCUGAGAGAAGAAAGCUUUUAGAAUGUUUUGAAUCUGAACAACCUAGAGGGGAACAGUGCCGGCAAGAAAUGUCAUCUUCGAUGAAUUGGGACCUUGACUGGCUAAGCAUGGAAAAUUGUUCAGACCUAUGGACUUUGUAUAUGGAAGAUUUGCAGUUUUGA